AUGCCAUCAAAGUCAAAAUCAGAGGAUGAAUCACUUCCCGCUCAGGAAGUUCAUUAUUUGAAAGAUGUUGUUAUAGGGUCUAAUAAACCCGAACCCUUUUAUGCCAAUUAUCAAACAGAUACUCCCAUCGCCAUGGAUUUGGGUACAUCCACAUGGAGAAUUGGACUUACAAAUAGUCCGGAGCCAAACAAUAUUUUCCCCGCAGUUAUAUCGAGACAUAGAGAUCGGAAGCUUUCGAAAACAUUGACCAUCAUUGGGAAUGAUGUGUUGACUGACUCUGCAUUGAAAUCAACAACAAAGACUCCAUAUGACGGUCCAUUGAUAACAAACUGGGACUAUAUCGAAUUUAUGCUUGACUACUCUUUUGAACACUUGUCGGUACAAAGUACAAAUGGAAAAGUUAAUAACCCCAUUAUUAUGACAGAACCAUUAACGUGUCCUUACAAUCAACGGAAGACCAUGUAUGAACUACUAUUUGAAGCUUAUCAGGUGCCUAAAGUUUCAUUUGGUCUUGAUUCGUUAUUCUCGUAUUAUGCCAACUCCGAUGGAAGGUCUACAGGGUUGGUAAUUGGCACUGGCAACGAACUGACAUCGAUAAUCCCUGUACUUGAUGGUAACGGAAUAAUUUCACAAGCCAAGCGCAUUGAUUGGGGCGGUGACCAAUCCCAGCUGUACUUGUCCAAACUUUUGAGUUUAAAGUACCCUUAUUUCCCUAAUAAAUUAAAUGUCAAUCACACUACAAACUUGUUUAAAGAUUUCUGUUAUGUCUCAGAGAAUUACCAAGAGGAAUUGAGACAUAUACUAGAUAUGGAUGUCUUGGAAAAGAAGGAUGUUGUUGUCCAAGCACCAGUUGAGAUAGCUGUCAAUACUGAAAACAAAAAGAGCGAAGAGGAGUUGGCGAGACAAGCUGAGAAACGUAAGGAGCAAGGUAAGCGAUUGCAAAAGCAAGCUCAACAGAAACGAAUUGAGAAGCUCGCACAGAAGCAGGAGGAGUGGGAUUACUACUCCAAGUUUAAAGAAGAGAACGCAAACUUGUCUGCUUCAGAGUUUGAGGACUUGGUAGUACGUGAUGGGUUUGACGAUCUUGAUGAUUUUAAAAAGUACAUGGCUUCUUUGGAGAGAUCACUUAAAAGGGCAGCCCAGACCGAGGAUGGCGGUGGAGAGGGAGAUGACGAGGAAGAAGGCGCCGACCCUGCAAAGGCUUGGCCAUUAGUUGACAUUCCUGAUGAUCAAUUAACCCCAGAGCAAGUGAAGGACAAAAGAAAACAGAAAUUGCUCAAGGCAAAUGCAGAGGCACGUGAGCGUAAUAGGGAAUUGAAAAGACAAGAACAAGAAGAACAAUUGAAACGCGAGGAAGAGGAAAGGAAAUGGAGGGAACGAGAUUUGGAUGAUUGGUGCACUUCAAAGAAACUUGAGUUAGCUGAGCUCAUUAGCAGAGUUAGAGAUAGACAAAAAUUGCUUGAAUCAAUGAAGGAUAGAAAAUCAGCCGUUGCACAACAACGUAUGAAGAAUAUUGCCGAUUUGGCAAAUGACGAAACUGGAUCCACCUCUGCAGCAUCUAGGAAAAGACGUCGUAAUGCCAAUGCAACAAUUGAUAAUGAUCCGAGUGACACAUUCGGAACAAACGACGAUGACUGGAAUGCGUAUAGAGAGAUUUCCAAUCAAUCUGUGGAGGAAGAGCUAAAUGAGCUCAACAAAGGAAUACUCGCAAUCGAGGAGGAGCUUUUGAAGCAUGAUCCAAACUUCCACCACGAAGAUACUUUUGCUGUAGCCAACACUUUUGAUUGGAGAAACCUGGUACUUCACAAGUUUGUACACGGUCCUAGACCAAACAUCACAAUUGAGAUGCAAGCCGAGGGAUUGGCACCGGAGGAGAUUGCAAAUCACCCAGAAAUCAUAAGGAAAAACCACCAAAUCCAUUUGAAUGUUGAACGCAUAAGGGUUCCAGAAAUAUUGUUUCAGCCAACGCUCGGUGGUCUUGAUCAAGCUGGAAUCACCGAGAUUUCCAGUGAUUUGCUACGCAGACGUUUGGAUGGAAUUUUUCAACCUGGAGGCCAAUCUUACAACACGGUUCGUGAUGUAUUUAUAACUGGAGGAUUGGCUCUCUUGCCAGGAUUCCAAAACAGAAUUAAAAGAGAUUUCACAGAGUUCUUGCCAGUGGAGACUCCACUUCACGUACGGACUGCAAAAGAUCCGUUGUUGGAUGCAUGGCACGGUAUGUACAAAUGGGCUAAUUCUGAUGAUUCAAAACAUGCGUACGUCACUAAAGCUGAAUUUGAGGAAUAUGGACCAGAGUAUUUGAAAGAGCACGGGUUGGGAAAUGCUUGUAUUCUAUAG